AUGCCCAAAGAGAAGGCCCACCUUCAGUUCCAGAAAUGGUCAGAAGAAAAUGGCCCUGUAUACUCGCUCGUUCUGGGUAUGAAGGUCAUGGUCGUCCUCUCUUCCGAUCAAGCGAUCAAGGAUCUCUUAGACAAGAGAAGCGGAAUCUACUCGUCGCGCCCGGAGAUGUAUCUUGGACAGAUUAUCAGUGGCGGAUAUCGCGUCCUGCUGAUGCCCUGCUUCUGUGUCGACUUGAUUAAAGCCGAAGAGGAGCAAGGGUUUUCCGAAGGUAUUGCGGGUUAUACCAGCGGGUCACUCCUUGAGGCAGGCUCUGACACGACUGCUGCCACCCUCAUUGGCUUUGUCCAAGCACUACUGAUCUUCCCCGAAGUUAUGACAGCCGCACAGGCCGAGAUUGAUCGUGUUUGCGGGGAGCGACUUCCUGAAUUGGAUGAUCUCCCCAAUCUGCCCUAUAUUCGCGGCUGUAUCAAAGAAAGCAUGCGUUGGAUGCCCACUGAUAUCUUGGGUGUACCACACGCCGUCAUUCGGGACGAUGAGUACAUGGGGUAUAAGAUACCGAAGGGCUCAACGAUGGUGUAUAACGUGUGGGCAGUACAGAUGGACCCGAAGAGGCAUGCAAACCCCGAAAGGUUUGACCCGAGCCGCUGGCUCGAAGAUACGCAGACGUCAGCCGAGGCAGCAACGAACGCAGAUGCAACGAAACGUGACCACUUCGUCUUCGGUGCUGGCCGCCGGCUCUGCCAGGGCAUGCACAUUGCUGAUAGAUCGCUUUUCUUGGCCAUGUCACGUUUGCUGUGGGGAUUUGAAUUUCACAGAGCUGUUGACGAUGCUACAGGUGAAGAGAUUGUGCCUGCCAUGCACGACUUGACAGAGGGUCUAUUUGUGCUGCCAAAGCCAUUCCAGGCGAAGGUUGUCCCCAGAAGCGAGGCGAAAGCCGCUCGCAUUCGAGCAGAGUGGGCUGAAAUGACAGAGUUGCUGGAUGAUGAAAUGCAAUGGAAGGCUCUCCCGAAAGGCAUGAUCUGGGACGAUGAUGCUGCUUUAGUCGGCGUAGAGGCUUGA